AUGAGGAAGCUGCGGCAUCUUCUCAUCUUGGCCUCGCUUUUGUGUCAAACAACAAAAUAUGGGCCGCUAGCCUUCCAACAUUUAGCUUUCGAAGAUGCAGUGUUACUGGCGAGAGUGACGGCGGCGACAUUUGAUCCAUGCGAAGAGACCCUCCUUCGUUACUUUCGACCUCUGGAAGCAGCAUUUGUGAAACAGGUGUUCCAGACAAUCGCAAAUAUCCCUCUUAGUCAAGAACUCGACGGCGACAAUGUGGUUGGAAUAUUGUCGAGUGCAUCGGUGGCUCAAGACCUGCAACCAAAAUUUGAUCAACUAGAGAUUGCAUAUGGAAACCAUCCCACCCUCCCGGAAAAUAAACAAGACUGCGGCAAGGCUGCCGCCAAAGGCGAAGGCGGGAUAACCGCAGCCUUUGCCUUCAUAGAUCCUCGUGUCCUGGGAGACAUUGCACUAGUGUCCAUGUGCGAUGAAGCCUUUGAGUAUCCGACGCUUGAGGAAAUAGCGAACCCGUCAAGUUCAGCAAGAGAUCCACAAGGGAACCCUGAGCCAGGAUACACAUGUGACGGUCUUGGUGAUCACGACAGUGACUGGAUGACUUCUCCGGGAGGUGUUCUCUUGCACGAACUCCUACAUUGGACCUUUCUCUUGGAAGAUAUACCCGGCUUUGAGGAUAUAAUAGACGAGAACGAAGACAACUUCCCUCAAAUUAUUGAUUUCUGGGGGCCGAACCCUCCUGACGGAUAUGGACCAUUCCGUGCCAGCCAACUCAGAGAUCUAGGUGCAUAUGUCGCCAUACAGAACGCCGACACAUAUCGUUGUUACGCUCAAUCCAAAUAUUGGGCUUGGAAGUGCGGGAAACCAUUUGAACCGGCGCAGAGCGAAGACGAUAAUAUCAGGAAGACAGGUGUCCGGAUAAUUCAAGGAGAUCCAAAAACUGGAGAAGAUUAA